AUGGCUCCUUCGGUGCAACCUUCCUCAUCACCUCUUCUUGCAAGUGACGCAGAUGAAAAGUAUGCGGAUGUGAAAUGGGACGAGCUCGGAUUCAGUUUGGUUCCAACAGAUUACAUGUAUGUGGCGAAAUACAAACAAGGAGAGAGCUUUGCCGAAGGAGAAAUUGUUCCUUAUGGAGAUAUUUCAAUGAGCCCUUGUGCUGGGAUUCUCAAUUAUGGCCAGGGACUAUUUGAAGGUCUCAAGGCGUACAGGACAGAAGAUGGACGGAUCACACUCUUCCGGCCUGACCAAAACGCUCUUCGUAUGCAAACAGGUGCGGAUAGGCUUUGUAUGACACCUCCUUCUCCGGACCAAUUUGUAGAAGCUGUUAAGCAAACUGUGCUUGCCAACAACAAAUGGGUACCUCCUCCUGGUAAAGGAGCUUUGUAUAUUAGGCCUCUACUCAUAGGUACUGGUGCUGUCUUAGGAGUAGCUUCAGCACCUGAAUAUACGUUCCUCAUUUACACAUCUCCCGUUGGAAAUUAUCAUAAGGGAAGCUCAGGCUUAAACCUUAAAGUUGAUGAUAAGCAUCGCCGAGCCCACUCUGGUGGAACAGGGGGUGUGAAGAGUUGUACCAACUAUUCUCCAGUUGUAAAACCGUUGCUGGAAGCAAAGUCAUCGGGUUUCUCUGAUGUCUUGUUCCUGGACGCGGCAACUGGUAAAAACAUCGAAGAGGUUUCUACUUGUAACAUCUUUAUUCUCAAGGGAAACAUAGUGUCAACUCCACCAACUUCAGGAACCAUUUUACCAGGAAUUACAAGGAAAAGCAUAAGCAAGCUAGCUAGUGAUAUUGGCUACCAGGUUCAAGAACGGGAUGUUUCAGUGGAGGAGCUCUUAGAGGCAGAAGAAGUAUUCUGCACAGGGACUGCAAUGGUCGUCAAAGCUGUUGAGACUGUGACCUUCCAUGAAAAAAAGGUGAAAUACAAGACAGGAGAAGAGGCAUUGUCAACGAAGCUUCACUUGAUGUUAACCAAUAUUCAAAUGGGAGUUGUUGAAGAUAACAAGGGUUGGAUGGUGGAUAUCAUCAGUGGCUGA